GGUUAAGUUGAGGCCGUAAAAGAGAGAGUAUUUUGACUUCACCCAACCCAUCUAGGGUUUUUUCACCGCGGAAAAGCACGUCGACCACUAUUUUUCAACAAACGUGGCAUAAGCACUUACGACUUACUAGUAUUAAUCAAUCAAUAAAAAAAGAAAAACCAAAAUAAUCGUCAUUGGUAGUGGUCGUUAACAGAAAUGGUGGAUUCAGAGCGAAUCCAAAACCCAUGGAUGGCUUCGGAUCAAACUUCACUUCAAAUGAAUCCCAACGCUACACAACGCUUUUCUCCUCCUCCGCCCCAAUUAACAUCAAAUAAUGAUAAAUUAGGGAUUGCAGAACGUGCUACCUCUGCCGCCGGCGCCGCCUUCCUCUCCGCCGUUAUUGUCAAUCCCCUCGAUGUUGCCAAGACAAGGUUGCAAGCACAAGCUGCAGGGGUUGCUUAUUCUCAUCCACUUAGUAAUAUGAUCAGUCGAAUGUCUUGUUUUGGGCCAAAUAUGAUGUUUGCUGAUUUAAGAUGUUCUCCAUCAUGUACUCGGGCUGGAUUCCAUGGCACGGUAUCACUUUGUCCUCCCGAUUGUUUUCGGUACAAAGGAACACUGGAUGUCAUUUCUAAAAUUAUACAACAGGAAGGAUUUACUAGGCUAUGGAGAGGCACAAACGCAGGGUUGGCACUUGCAGUACCGACUGUUGGAAUUUACCUUCCUUGCUACGACAUAUUCCGAAACUGGUUCGAGGAAUUCACAGCCAAAAGUGCUCCAACCGCAACUCCAUACGUACCUUUAGUGGCUGGUUCAUUGGCACGCUCAUUGGCUUGUGCAACUUGUUAUCCUAUUGAACUUGCCCGAACUCGCAUGCAGGCAUUUAAAGAGACUCAAAUCGAUAAAAAGCCACCUGGUGUAUUCAAGACUUUACUAGGUGUUGUCUCCAAUGGCAAGGGCACAAAUAGUCCUCCGAACAGCUUGCAAGGUUAUCGUGUCCUGUGGACUGGCAUGGGUGCACAACUUGUUCGUGAUGUACCAUUCUCUGCGAUUUGUUGGUCAACACUCGAGCCCACUAGAAGAAAACUUAUUAGUUUGGUUGGAGGCAAUGAUGCCAGUCUAUUGAGUGUUCUUGGCGCAAAUUUUUCAGCUGGAUUUGUUGCAGGAACUCUCGCUGCUGGAGCUACAUGUCCACUAGAUGUUGCAAAAACUCGAAGGCAGAUAGAGAUGGAUCCUAUAAGAGCAUUGAAGAUGACUACAAGACAGACACUGAUGGAAAUUUGGAGAGAUGGGGGCUUCAAAGGACUUUUUACUGGUUUUGGUCCGCGAGUUGGUCGAGCUGGCCCCUCCGUAGGAAUUGUGGUUUCAUUUUAUGAAGUUGUAAAGUUUGCCCUAAAUCACCGGUACACAACAUCAUGAUCAGGUCCUUGUUGUGGAUAUCUUUUUAUUGCCGAAGCGAUUUUUUGUCGAGAACCUCUGGAUACUGAACAGCUAGUUUUUGUGUGGAAAGGAAGCCAUUCCAGUCCAUUUCUGAUCAUGAACUAACUAAUUUUCUUGAAUAUGAAAAUAACCAGUAUAGGAAAUGCUCCUAACCUAAUAUAGGUUUUUUGUUUUCUCUGCCUUUGACCAGCAGAGUUCAAUUUUGUUACAAUUGGGAUUUUCCCAAGAGGAAAUUUUGAAUAAAUUUUUGGUUAUUCCCAAAUCACAUUACACUUGGCUGUGUAUACGAACUGGGAAUGUUAACUGAAUUAUUGUUUCUGUAUACUAAAUUUUUGUGUGAAGCUACUGUUCUGUUCUUGGGAGAAACAAUAGAGUUAAUUUUUGUGAAGCUA